UACAGCUAAAGGUAGAAUGGUGCUAUAUUAUGGCUGCAGUUUGCUGCUGCUUACUUUCCGUGCUCUGCCGGGUCUAUUGCUCGGGGACAUGGAAUUCCAUUGUCCGAGCUGUGCUGCGGAGCGCCAAGCUGCAUGUCCUAAGCUUGCUACAACCUGUACUGAGAUAGUCAGGGAGCCCGGCUGUGGCUGCUGCCCAGUGUGUUCCCGGUUAGAAGGCGAAUUCUGUGGCGUCUACACACCGAGGUGUUCCACAGGGCUGCGUUGUUAUCCCACUGCAGAUUCAGAAUUGCCCUUGGAGCAGCUGGUUCAGGGGUUAGGACGAUGCUCACACAAAGUAGACCCGGUACCCAACCUCACGCAAGAGCAUCAGGACAAGAGUGGACCUAUAGUGGAGCUGCAGGGCGCUGAGGGUCCCCCUCAGAAGAAGCCGACCAAAGAUGCCAGCCCCUGGAUGUGGUCCAAACAGAAGGCUGUGAGGCAGGCCCUGAACGAGCUCAAGACCAAGAUGAAGACCAACACCCGCCCUGAGGAACCUAGGACCCAGCGGCCCACUCAGAGCCAUUGUCAACAGGAGAUGGACAAGGUGCUGGAGGAGAUCUCCAAGAUGACCUUCCAUGACAACAGGGAACCGCUGGAGAAUCUGUACGAGCUCAACUUCCCCAAUUGUGACAGAAGGGGCCAAUACAAUCUCAAACAGUGCCACAUGUCCACCCAUGGUCAGCGGGGCGAGUGCUGGUGCGUUAACCCCAUCACGGGUGUCCAGAUCACCCAGUCCACGAAGGUCCGGGGGGACCCCAAAUGCAGCCAGUAUGUGGAGGAGCAGGAGAUGGUGACUGGGACACUGCCCACUGUCGUCCUGCAUAUGGCAGAGGUAUAGCAGCACUUCACCCACAUCCAGAUAUCCCCAAUGGUGGAACGGUCCAAAUUGACUGACAGCUGAUAUUGUUGUCAUGUGCAUUGGUUUCUUUCUAUGUAGCCUACAUGUUUUUGUUUAAGUGUGUGUAUAGGUGGGGUGUUGUCUUUAUAUGUUUAUGUGUGCGUGAGAGGGACAGAUAACGAGUACUUCUCUUGUCUUAGGACAGGUCUCCCUUGUGAAUGUCACGAUCGUCUUCUUGAGACAGAUUGGACCAAGGCGCAGCGUGUGCAAAAUACAUCUUCUUUUAUUGAGAAGAGAGAGAAAAUACAAAACGAACACUAUAUACAAACUAACAAAACAACAAACGACCGUGAAGCUAAAUAACGUAGGUGCACAGACAAGCAACAAACGUUCAACAUAGACAACUACCCACAAAAGCCUACUGCCUAUGGCUGCCUUAAAUAUGGCUCCCAAUCAGAGACAAUGAAUGACAGCUGUCUCUGAUUGAGACCCAAUCUAGGCAGCCAUAGACAUAACUAGACAACCUCACUCUUCUCUACCCCAUUCACAUACAACACCCCUAGACUAGACAAAACACACAAAGACAACCCACCCCAACUCACGCCCUGACCAACUAAUCAAGAUGUUUGAUAAAAGGGGUGUGAGAACAAGGCAAGGACAUUAUCCAUGCUACAAUUCAAAGCAGGUUUCAUGAAUAUGUAUUUACUGUGUGGGCAUAAGCACUGUACGUGCGUGUGUGCCUGCCUGCUUGCUUGCUCAUGUGUGUGUGCGUGUGUCUGUAUGUGUGUGUGUGUGUUUGACUGGCUGUGUCCCCUGCUAUUCAUAGGCUAGGUGCUGCAAGUAGCAUGGAUGCCGGAGAUAACACUAUGCUAAUCACGGGGCUGUCACUGCAUCUGGUUCAAUUGAUGUAUCAGGCGGCAUAUAACCUCCCAUUUAUGCAGCUGCUUGCCUUCCAUGCCACGUUCCAUAUCUAUUUAUUCAACCUUUCUCUCAUCACACUAGUCAAUAUGUGUGGUGGACUAACAAAGCCUCACAUUAAGCCCUUGACAUAUAGAAGAUCCGUACCAAACUAACGAACCAUGGGUGACACUUUAUUUUGGUGUCUACAUACAAUACACACUAAUCUGUUAUUAGUGCAUCAUUCCAAUGAUGAUGAUGUACUUACAUGCUAAUGCUAAUUUGAAUUGUUGGAAACACUUUACCUUAAUAACCUAUACCGCCACAGUCUAUUACCAACGCUAUUACAUAGCAGUUCCUAUGUAACUACAAUGUUGUUACUACAGUUACUACGGUGUAGUUACAUAGGUAGGCUACAGAAGCAACUUAAGGUACUGUGCUACCAAGUUGUUUCAUGUUAAUCGAAGUGUUCAGAGAUUUCUGUAGGGUAAUUGUAAUGUUAAUUAUUUGUCUUCUUUAAUACAAAUUCUUAUGUCCUCUUCUCGUUCUGAUAAACAGUCUCGUGUUUUUGUUAUUGAUAUAGCUCUGUCCUUUAAAGAUAUUCAGAGAAAUAGCCUGUGCAUGAAUGUAUCCUGUAGGUCCUUCACAUCAACAAGGUUAGGUCAUUUACGUUCAGAUAACUUUCCUCUUUUGAGUAUUCCUUGAUUAGUUAAUCAAAUGU